GUCUUACUUUCCAGGUGGGCUGUAUUACGUGAUUCUGCCGAUUUCUCAUUCCCCUUCUUGUCGCGCGCAGCCGCACACAUACACACUUUCAUUGUAAAUCCCAUGUUACGUGGCUGAUCUUUCAAACGCACACCAUCAUUGAAUUCGUCCAUGAUAAUUUACUUUCCUCUUUCUUGUUCGCUCUCUAUAGUCCGUCACUUGCCUGCAAAAUUGGCCCUCACUCUUCCUCUUUCAAUUUCAUUCCAUGACAAUGAGACUUUCGCACGCUUUGGCGCAAGGACCUUUCAGAACAACAUCAUCGGCGCCGCUCAGCCGCCGUAAUUUCAAUUUCGGCCCCAAUGCCAAAAGGGUUUCUGAGUUCGGGAAUCAUAGCUAUAGAUUCCUGAAUUGCCGGUGUAGCACCUCAGGUUCUGCUGUUUCUUCAGCUGCGAAUUCUUCAUCGCCUGCUAUUGCGUCGAAUUCUGGCAUAUCUCGGAAGAAGCCAUGGAAGCUGGAAGCCAUUGAGGAGGACAUAGAAAAGGUCAUUUAUAGAUGCCGGUUUCUGGCUAUUCUGGGAGUUUUCGGGUCUUUAAUCGGAUCGUUUCUAUGUUUUAUCAAGGGCUGCACAUUUGUUGCAGAGUCUUUUGUGUUAUAUUUGACUGAUCGAAGUAAAGUAAUCCUGAUGCUGGUAGAGGCUAUUGAUGUCUAUCUUUUGGGAACGGUUAUGCUGGUCUUUGGAAUGGGUCUCUAUGAGCUCUUUGUCAGUAAUCUUGGUAGUGCAGGCUCUCUGCCAGAUCAAAACGAGUCUUACAGAUCCAAUCUCUUUGGUUUAUUCACUCUGAAGGAACGACCAAAAUGGCUGGAUAUAAAAACCGUGAAUGAACUGAAAACGAAGCUGGGACAUGUCAUAGUGAUGCUGCUUCUGAUAGGUUUGUUUGACAAGAGUAAGAAGGCUGCUAUAAACACUCCUGUGGAUCUUCUUUGCUUCUCUGCUUCCGUCUUGCUUUCCUCAAGUUGCCUUUUUCUACUCUCUAAGCUGAACGAUGACAAAUGAGGUUUUCUGCCCAUACGUUACAAUAUCAACCUUUGGAUAAUGUAAAUGAAGAUAGCUAACCUAGAGUUACACAUUACUUUGUUGUAUAUGUUGAGAUGUGUAAUGUUAUAUACAUGUGCGUGUGUGUAUGCUGUUUCACACUUGUCUUUUUGGCCAAAAAAAAAAAACUUGUCUUGGUUUCUUCUUGCUUCUGUUUUGUAGUUUUAAGUUAAAUUAAUGGAUAAUGAAAUUUGAAUUCCACAAA